UCCGUGCCUGUCUCCAUGUCUCUUUCUGUCUGUGCGUCUAGGAUUCCCCGAGCACCCACCCUGCGCCCCGCGGGCCCUGGCUGCGUGCAGAGAGCCCGCGGGGAGACGCACAUUCGGUGCAGGACUCCCCAGUCCCCAGCCCCUACCCCCAGCCACGGUCAGACCCGCAGCUGGCGGGGCACGUGGAGGAGGCCGAGACCGGGCAGGGGAGGCAGAGGACUAGGUCCUGGGUGCCUGCCGAGUGCCAGUCCCCGCCCUGGGUGCGUCUAUUUACUCCUACAAAGGAGGAAACGGCUCAGAGAGGGGAAGUGCCUGGCCAAGGUCACUCAGCGAGGAAGUGGGAGUCGGGAUUCGAACCCUCGUCCUAGCGACUCCAAGGCCUCACGAGAGGCAGCGCGGCAGACAGUAACCGAGAGACAGAGAGAUGGAGCUUUACUGCCCCUAUACCCCACUCCAACCAUGGGUUCCCCCUUUCCUCUGCUGAACUUGCCUACACCCCUGUACCCCAUGAUGUGCUCCAUGGAACACCCCCUGUCAGCAGACAUCGCCAUGGCCACCCGUGCAGAUGAGGAUGGAGACACGCCUCUCCAUAUUGCUGUGGUGCAGGGUAACCUGCCAGCUGUGCAUCAGCUAGUCAACCUCUUCCAGCAUGGGGGCCGCGAGCUGGACAUCUACAACAACCUCCGCCAGACACCGCUCCACCUCGCUGUGAUCACCACAUUGCCGUCUGUGGUCCGGCUUCUGGUGAUGGCUGGUGCCAGCCCCAUGGCGCUGGACCGCCAUGGCCAGACGGCGGCCCACCUGGCCUGCGAGCACCGCAGCCCGACCUGCCUGCGAGCCCUGCUGGACAGCGCGGCCCCGGGCACGGUGGACCUGGAGGCCCGCAAUUACGACGGGCUCACCGCCCUGCACUUGGCGGUGAACACGGAGUGCCAAGAGACAGUGCUGCUCUUGCUGGAGCGCGGCGCGGACAUCGACGCGGUGGACAUUAAGAGCGGCCGCUCCCCGCUUAUCCACGCGGUGGAAAACAACAGCCUUAGCAUGGUGCAGCUGCUGCUGCAGCACGGCGCCAACGUGAACGCGCAGAUGUACUCGGGCAGCUCCGCGCUGCACUCGGCGUCGGGCCGCGGGCUCCUCCCGCUCGUGCGCACGCUGGUCCGCAGCGGCGCCGACAGCGGCCUCAAGAACUGCCACAACGACACGCCGCUCAUGGUGGCGCGCAGCCGCCGGGUCAUCGACAUUCUGAGGGGGAAGGCCACCCGGCCUGCGUCCACAUCCCAGCCAGACCCCUCCCCCGACCGGAGUGGCACCACUUCCCCAGAGAGCAACAGCCGCCUCAGCUCCAAUGGUCUCCUUUCUGCAUCACCAUCCUCUUCACCCUCCCAAUCUCCCCCCAAGGAUCCCCCUGGAUUCCCCAUGGCUCCCCACAAUUUCUUCCUUCCUCCCCCAUCUCCACCUGCCUUCCUGCCCUUUGCUGGGGUUCUCCGAGGCCCUGGCCGGCCAGUGCCCCCCUCCCCAGCUCCAGGAGGCAGCUGAGAGGGAUGGGGGGGCAGAUCUCAGACUCAUGAGGAGGGGCCUUCCUGCCCUGUGGGGUCAGCCCUUCUGGAAACUGUGAAGAUCUCACUCUGCCCCCCCCCCCGCCCCCCAGUCCUCAGGACCAGGAUUUGCACAGAAGCACAUGCACGUACCCACAAACCCCAUCUCGUCCUCUGCCCGGGACUCUUACCCCAUAACUCUCAGGCACCAGUCCCCUGUCUUGAAUUCCACCCAAACCUUCAUUUCCUUGUCCUUUCUCAGAGCUGGUGGAACCAGGGAACAGCUGUUCCCUCUGUCCUCUCCCCAGAUGACGAGGGAGGGGAGAGGUGGGCUGUAGGCUGGCACUGAUGACAAUGUAAAUUAUUAGGUGUUUUGGUUGGAUUUCUUUUGUAAUAAACUAUUUUUGUACCAUA